AUGUCGAACCUUUUACUCCAACAGUACUUACAGAAGUAAUUAUACCGAGCGGAGUAAUCGAGCGACCCACCGAGACAAAAAGUGAAAAUGGGAAGGAUGAUGAGGUAAGGGGACAGCCAACGGAUGAGCAGGACAGUAUCCUACCCGGAGGCAUAAACGACGGGGACAAAAAGGUCGAGAUACCGAGAAACAAUGAGGACGAUGACACUUCGGAUGACAGGAGUGAAGAGGUGAAUGACGGAGGGAGACGGUGUGAGAUAUCAGAAUGAUUUUCAGGGCGAGAGUGUACUGACUGACGAGGACUUGGAGGAUCUUGCGCGAGAUUUUGGAAAGAGUGUGCUCGAGAACGUUGUGAACAAAGCUUCCGAGUUUGGUGGUGAGCACAAAAUUCAAGAGACAAGAAUAUAAAACAGUCAGAAUUUCAGGCGAUAAUUCUUUCGAUGAGCAAUACCAGCAGGUCGAUUCGAACGAAAUCGUCGCCGAGCCGCCUCUCGCCCCCGAGAUCCCUAACGUUCCGAUCAUUGCUUCCGAUUCGCUGGACGGUGUUGUUCUUCCAGAUGAAACACUUUCCGACGAAGAGCUGGCUCAGAUAGCUGCUGAGAGUCAGAAGCCGGUGGAUCCGGAACUUUCAGAAGUUGCUCCGCCGGCUCCGAAAGUGCGUGGAGGUCGAAUCGGAGCAGGAGUUCAGCCGGAUUCUGCCGCUCAGCACACGUAUCUCUUCGUCGUUUCCGUCAUUUUCCUGAUUUUUUAAAACGAUCUUCUCUUCCAGUUUAAAAGCACAACACGUCUGUAUUUAUUCCCCGAUCACCCGUGACAUUCACAUAAACUCUUUUUUCUUCUUCUUGUUCACUUCUUGCACUAUUUCGCAUCCCUCUCCCGUACAGACAUUACAAGAAAAGGUAAGUCCCUCAUUUGAUUCUCAAAAAUUGACACGAAAAUUGCAGAGAAAUGAAGGAGAAUAAGCGGGCAUUCAUAGCGUUGAUUUCAAUUUGCUUCCUAUUCGAAGUCCGUGCAAAUGACCCCGACAUCCAACUUUUCCGUUCCCAAAAAGCAAAUGAACCAGGUGCGGGGGAAAAAAGAGAAAAUCUUGUGGAAUUACUCUGAUGUUUUUCAGCGUUUUCGCAACUGGACUCUUUCGUCGACGAGAUAUCUCUUCUGGUCCGUUUGACGAAUGGCAUAGCAAUUCAGGCAGAAUUGGCGAGGAAUUCGGAACAAAAGUACGUGCCGAUUGUCUCCGAAUUGCUCCGAAUUACUCAAAACGACUACUGGAAACUUGUGAAUGUCACAUCGGAGAAGAUUGUGAAGAACCUCACGGAUCUUAUGGCCUCGAUCGGAAACUCAAAAGUGAAGACCAAUUUCGAAGAAAUGCAGAGCAACCUUCGAGUUAUCGAUCUGCUCCGAAAUUCGGUUCAAGUGGAGAACGGAACCGAGAAGGACGUCUUUAAAAUUUUUCGAAAGGAUAUGGUGGAUCUGAUGAAGAUCACGUGGAAUGAUCUCGAGCCGUUCUCCGCGUUAGAACACAUACCGAUGUGCGUUUACCCGAACGCGACGACCGAUUUUUUCAAGUGUCUGGAUGUAUUCCUGGCCUUCAAGAAAUCAAAAGAUGAUAUGGUGAAUCGACUCAAAGAACUCGAUUCCAAUCUUGACCUAGCGGGCGAGUUUGUCUAUGACUUCCAGCUGCUCGUAGACGGCUUCUUCGUCGCCAAUCUCCUCUACGAGAUCGAAUCUCAUCCGAAUCUGAAGGCUCUGCCGGAUUUAUUGUCUUCCGCGAAAAGUGAUUUGGAGAAGUAUGUGGGCAUUCUGAAUGCAACCUCAAUCGAUCUGAGUGACAAAUUGGAAGGACUCAGAACGAUACUUCCGAUUGCAAAACAGAAUCCGACCGAAUUGACGCAAGGAUUUCCAAACGGAGUGGUCGAUUUGAGCGGAUUGUUUGAGUCUUUUGAGUUGAAUUCAAUGAAGAGUAUGGUUGCGAACGGAAAAAGCAUCGAAAAGUUGGUGGACGGAUUGAGGCCGCUGAGGGAAUUUACUGGAGAAGUGCUCAAGAUUUGGAAGAAGCUCAAUGACGAGAAAUACGAGAAAACCGUCAAUGUGUCGAUGCUGAAAAUCGAAGAGUUGUUGCGAAGAAUAAACGAGUGGAAGACGUCUGAAGUGACCGAAGUGCAGGAAUCCACCGUGGAGAGGAUCGGGCAGUGUCUGCAAGGACUGCCUAAACCAGAGAGUCUCUCUGAAAUCGCUUCGUUGCUGAAAAACAUGCAUUUGAGAAUGGAAAAUCUGGGUCAAGUGUAUCACAGUUUGAAUCGUUACAUAAGUACUUUCGAGCUCAUUGCAAAUCGGAAAGAGGAUGUGAUUGAUGAUAUUGGCGCUCUCUACGACAGGCUCGCUUUUGUAGAAGAAGCACGGACAGCCAGGGACAUUCGACAGGAUUUCAAAAUUCUUUUCGACAAGAAUCCAAUAAAACGGGAUCUACAUAUUAAGCGACUUCUGAAUUUUACGCUUGAAUCCGUUCCCCUUCUGAAACGCUCUCUCCCGAAUCGAACAGAAAUGCACUACAUGACACUUUUAUCGAAAAUCGAUGGAGAAAAGAUAUACAAGAAGGGCCUCGAACUGCUGAACCCGAGUAGAUGCAUUAUCAAUGCUACCUUGAACCUCACAAAUAUUGAAACAAUUUUGAAAGGAGCAACGAGUGUGAGUGAGCUGGGAGCACUGAGAGGAACGGAACUCAGUCGGACACUCGAAUACAUUCAAAACCUCGAAGACGUUCGGCAAUUACUGGUGAAUGUUGAAGAAACAGUGAAAAGUAUCGGGAAACGAAGACGGAGAGCAGCGGAAAACAGUUCGGACGUGUUCGAAGUGAACCGAUACGGAGAGAAGAUCAAAGACGUGACGCCUUCAUUCCACGAAGCCUGGAAUGUGCUAUCGGAGAUGGUGAAAGUUCAGAAGAAGAAGGACGACUUCGAGAUUGCACUGGAGUUUGAAGUGUCGACGAACAGUGCGUUUGGGGUGAGAUGGGCGCAGUCGAAAGGAUCCAUUCGGAAGAUGUUGGAGCAAGUGGAUGAGAUGGAAGUGUUUGUAGCCAGACGAUCGAGGAAGAACUUGGAGCGCGUUGCGAGGAUCUUCGUGCAUGCUGAAGAUGUUCCGGGAGUCGACAUUAUCGGAUGGAGGGAUCUUCCCGGAUUAUUCGAAAGACUUACCAACACGGCAAAGACGCGGAGAGCUAUCGAGGCGUUCCAAUCACUGAAAGAGCUGGACAUGUAUUUCGCGAGAUACGCGGGAAGUCUCGAGACGGCGUCCCUUGGAGCGACUGCGUUGAAGGGAUUCUUCCAUGAACUGCUCCACGGGGAGCAAAAGAUGACGAAUCGGACGUUGAUCAAAAAAAAGAAGAAGAAGAACAAGUCAGUUAAGUAUUCUACGCCAGAUAAACAAUUCUCAGUUUCAGGAUUCGAUCUGAGAAACUGACGAGUGCUGCCUUCCCACUUCUCUGGAUUGUGAUCCUCAUCGUCGCCGGUCUUCUUUUCAUUGUCUCCCUGAUCGUGCUCAUCUAUUCACUGACUCCGAACGGCCGAAAGAAAUGGAAGAGGCUGUACUUGAGAUACUGGGCGUCCGAGGCAACGAUCGAGUUGUACUGGCGGUACUCGGUGAGUUCACUUUCUUCCGAUUUCCUUUCAAACCAACACUUUCAGUAUUGGCUGGAUCUAGAAUCGAACAAGAAUAGUCUGUGCGCGGCGAUUCACGAGAUCAACUAUGAGCACGUUAAGGCGUUGGUCAAGAAGGGCGCUUACAUAAAUGUGUACAACCGUAAGGGAACUCCCUUUUUCCAGAGAUGAUCUUGAUGAUUUCAGCGUUCGGAAACACUCCACUCCAUGCAGCCACCAAGUACGGACACGCCAAGAUAGUCAAACUUCUGCUGAAGAACGGAGCGGAUCGGAAUGCGUAUAACGUUGAGAACAAAACGGCGGAGCAGCUGCUCGCCGACCACGUUCAGACGAUGUCGCGAGUGACGAGCGAGUCGACGAGCACGGGCGACACGCAGAUGAGAUCGCACGAGGAGAUCGCGAAGAUGUUCAAGAAGUAUCGGAACAAAAAAUUCAAGCAGAGUAAUCCGUUCGUUUCCGAGUUGCCUCUCAAUGAUUUCACUCUUCAGUUUUGCCCGAACUUCUGCCAACCAUGGUCUUCCGGAUCCGAUUGGACACCAAUUUGCGGGAUGAAUCGGUUGAUCGGUUCUCGGCAAAAUACAAGGGAAACGUGAGGAGUUGCCCUGCUCACACGCUUCCGAUUCCAAUGACAUUUUCAGGUCACUGACGAGAAGAAGGGUGUGACCCACCUGAUCCUCCGAACUGGAAACGACGGAAUCUUCAAAUCGGACGACUUCUUCCAGAUAAUGUGCGUGUUUCUGCCGAUGAUUCUUAUGAAAGAGGAGUGGAUAACGGCCUGUCUCAAGAAGGAGUCCAACUUCCGCGACGACUACAAAUUUCGAGUGAAGAAGGUGAAAUACAGGGGAGUCGAGUACGAAACUGUGCUCAGUUGGGCUCAGUGGGUGCACAAGCAGAUGAUUCCGUAUCUUUACGGGGUGCAAAUCCACGUGACCGUCAAGGAACUUCCGGACGAAGCGCUUCUCAAGCAGGUCGUGGAGAUGCACGGGGCCGUUUGGCAUGAAGAGAUGCCGGACAAAGAGGAAUUCAAUCAGGGAUCCCAUCCGUUCCACCACUACAAUUUCGGUCCGAUCUUUGUGAUUCACGACGGAGCGGUGAGACCGAGCGAUUUGACCCAUCCAUUCAAAACUUUCCAGGCCAAUUUGGAUCAUCUGAAGAACGAUGCUCUGUUCACUCUGAUGACGUUCGAGCAGUUGGUCUCUUUCAUGCUCAAAAUGGAAGUGCACUACGAUCCCGAAAGGAAGCCGCCGAUCCCAUUGUUGAACACGGGCAACAACGUCAACCAGAACAACACAACGACGACGACGGGCACCAUCACAGAAUGCACUGCAGAUUGA